AUGGAACAGUCGAAUUCUGUUCUAAUUUUCCUCAAGAAUGAAUUUAAGGAAAUUUCAGCUGAACUGAAACAUCGUAUGUUCAAAAACGAUGCUUGGGCUGAUUCACUUUUAGCAAACAGCCCUUUCCCGAAAGAUGACAUCCAACGCUUUCUCCAUGAUAGUCCCCUAUACGACGGCGAGAACAAGAGAUGGAAACAUCUGAAAAGAAACGUCAUUAACGAACACCACCUUACGGGUCCGUUGUCCGAGAUAAUCAGGGCGAUUAUUUACUUUGGGGGUUUGGCUGAGACUCGCGACGUUCGAUUUGAGAAAGAAAUCGACGGCCUGCAAUUGCGGAAUCGUGUUCGGGAAGAAGAUAUUGGAGAGACGGACCAACUGAGGGUGCUACCAGAUAUCACGAUCUGUGGUUUUGGGGCCAGCUUCUCGUCUGCUGCCCAUGUUUCCAAGUAUAAUGUGGCAGUGGACCUCUCGAUAUACACAAACUGUGUUACUCCAAUCCAUGUCAAGCCAAACAGCUACGUUGUUCAUACCAGCGAAAGGAUUCAAAUGGCACUUUAUGCUAGGCAAUGCUUCAAGGUGCAACAAAAUAGAAAUUUUGUUUAUUCUCUUUUCUUAACGGAGGAGUCGGCACAACUCUUCCUGUUUGACCGCAGUGGCUGUUGGUAUUCACGUCAAAUUGACAUCCACAAAGAGGCCAUAGAAUUUGUUUGUCUCGUUCUGGCCAUUAGUUCCAAGGACGAGGCGCAAAUCGGGAUCGAUCCCUGCAUAAGCUGGUCAGAGGAUAAAAGUCAAGGUUACAUAAAACUUGAUAAACAAUGUGAAGAUACGCAAAUUUACGAAAUCUUGAAUAACCAACCCCGUUGGCGACAUAACGGCUUAAUAGGAAACGGGACCUGCUGCUGGCUUGCUCGGGACCCAGAGGGAAAACUAGUAGUCGUCAAGGACAGCUGGAUUCCGGUCCCCACAGGGAAUCGCGUUGCAGAAGCUCACGUUUUGGAUUCUCUGAAAAGUGCUGGCUUGGCUCAAGGAAUCAGCAAGAUAAGGGAAUUUAACUUGCGAGAGUCCUACCCGGCCUCAUUCAUCAAGGCAGUGAUAGAUGGCAUGAGCCGAGGACCAUGCGGCAUCGAGUAUCAAGCGAAAAGACAUUCCAGAAUAAUUGUCGAAUACGCUGGGGUACCCCUUUCUGAUAUUGAGGACGCGAAAAGUGUGCUCAUCGCUAUGCGUAGUGCUAUUGCGGCCCACCAACAGUUAUGGAAUUAUCGAGUCCUCCAUCGUGAUAUUUCUAUAAGCAACAUUUUAUUGGACAACAACGGGCAGGGUACUCUUAUCGACUUCAGCGAGGCAAUCUGGCUCGAAAACGAAAACUUGGUUCCCGACUUUGCUAACCACAAUACGGGAACGAGGCCGUUCCAAUCGACCAUUGUUCUUCGAUCUCUCAAUGAUCGCACCCAAAGGACUACUCAUGACUACUUCGAUGACCUGGAGUCAUUCUUUCAUGUACUGUGCUACAUUGCGCUAAGGAACGAGUGUGCAAAGGAAAAACCAAUCUCUGUACACGCGUCGCCUAUCUUCAUCAGACCUUGGAACGAGGAGACACCUUCCCUCGAGGCCAUUUCUAAGGAGGCACUGUUCCGCGAUGAUAAUAUUUGGAAGCAGCUCAAUGCCUCUGCACCCUUUGGUGGGGUAUUUGGGACUUUACUCUCGCGGUACAGAGAGCAUCUGAAGCCGAUGGUUUUACAAAGGCUGGAUGCAGCUGAAAGCAUUGAUGAUCCAGACACUCAAAGGCCCACCUACAAAGAGCUGAGACAACACUCCAACAUUCAAUAUCCUAUGGUGCUGGCGCUAUUUGACGAUGCAAUUAAGGCCCUCUAA